AUGUCAUCCCCUAAAGUCGCAAUCAUCAUUUACUCCAUGUACGGCCAUAUCGCCAAGAUGGCCGAGUCCGUCAAGAGUGGUGUCGAGUCUGCCGGAGGCUCCGCCACCAUUUACCAGAUUGCUGAAACAUUGCCCGAUGAAGUCCUUGCAAAGAUGCAUGCUCCCGCAAAGCCAAGUUACCCCAUCAUCACACCGAGCGAACUCGCCAACUUUGACGCCUUCAUCUUCGGUGUCCCUACCCGUUAUGGCAAUUUCCCUGCUCAGUGGAAAGCUUUCUGGGACGCAACUGGUGGGUUGUGGGUCAGCGGUGCCUUGGCCGGCAAAUUCGCGGGUGUCUUCGUUUCUACCGGUACCCCAGGUGGAGGACAGGAAGCCACCGUCAUCAACUCCCUUUCCACUCUCUCUCACCACGGAAUCAUCUACGUUCCCUUGGGUUACAAGAACACAUUCGCACAGCUCUCCAACAUGAGCGAAGUUCGCGGUGGUUCUCCUUGGGGUGCUGGAACCUACGCUGGGGGCGAUGGCUCACGCCAGCCUACAGUCCUUGAACUGGAGCUCGCUACUCUCCAAGGCAAGGGCUUCUGGGAAGUCGUUUCCAAGCACAAAUUCUAG